AUGUCUCAAAAUACAAAAACUUACAAGGACGCUUUUGCACUUUUUGACAAAAAGGGCACUGGUAGAAUUCCAGUAGAACAUUUGGGUGAUUUAUUAAGAGCUAUUGGUCAAAACCCAACCCUUGCUGAAAUAUCGGAAUUACAACAAUCUAUCAAGACCCCUGAUUUUGAUUUUGAAACUUACCAGGAAAUUAUCAACCGUCCUGAUGGUUUCAAACCAUUGGGAUUACCAGAGGAUUAUAUAAAGGGAUUCCAAGUAUUUGACAAAGAGCAAACAGGAUACAUCGGAGUGGGUGAGUUGAGGUAUAUCUUGACCUCUAUUGGAGAGAAAUUAACCGAUCUGGAAGUUGAUGAGUUAUUGAAGGGUGUCAAUGUCACUGCUGAUGGCAAUGUCGAUUACGUUGAGUUUGUCAAAUCUAUAUUGGAUCAGUAG